UUGGCAGUUUGGGUUUGCUAUAUUCCCCCACCCCCCACCCCCCCUCUUCUCUCUCUCUCUCUCUCUCUCUCGCUCUGUCCACAAGUGUGAGGUAAUGGGGGCAGGCGUGCUGGACACACAGUCUCUCACAGUGCACAGACCUGCACAGUGAAGCAGUAAAGAGGCAGAAGAUGGAGUUCCACACGGGCACCUUAACCAUUUCACGCCACAAGAGAGCCGGCUCCAACUUGGAUCAGGAGAGCAAGCGCACGGCCCACUUCAGGUCGUCGUGGCAACAAAAUGUAAAUGUCUUCAGCUCCUCGUCCCGACCCCCCUGUGUGGAGGAACUCCAUCAAGAGGCCCAGCUCAACCUGCAGUCCCUGCUCCAAGAAGAGUACGGUGAGCUGACACGAGACAGCCAGGCCGCCAGCAACACCUUUGGGCAGAAAUCGUCCCUGAGCAGUAGAGAGUCCACCCCCGAGAGCGGCCGGCAGGGAGAAAGGCGGCUUGAGUUUGUGUUGAUGCCAACCGCAAGUCGAUUCAUUGAGGAUGAGACCAGUUGCAUCGGGAUAAGAGCCCGGGAAACCUCUCCGCAGUCUCCCACCGCCUCAGACCCCCAGCCCGGCUGGAGUCAGGCUGUCUCCCUGUCAGCCGCAGGCUCUGUACAGGCCCACGUUGUGCCCAUAAACGUGACAGGAGAGUCCCUGGAACGCCAUGCCAACACCCGCCACUCCCUCUUCAACACGGACACUGCCAUCAACCCCAAGAGCACACUGAGGAGGAGGAGGACAGUUAGCAGCCUGCUGGAGGCAGCCAACCCGCAGCGAGGCGUGUGUGCUGAGGGCCCUGUCUCGCCUCGCGGGCUGGGGAGCGCGGAGCCACCCCAGCGCCUGUUUACGUUCGACGACGAGCCCAGAGUGCCGAACGGGAGGCGUGAUUCGGCCAGCUCCUCCGGCCUCAGGAAGGUCCUAAGUGACCUGGGGCAACUCUCCCACCCCAGCCUAUCACCGUCCUCAGAGAACAUCCCCCUCCCGGCAAACCACACACAGACCAUGCGCACUUCCCACAGCGUCCACGCCUUCCCCUCCCUCAGCAAUUCCUGGGACGCAACCAGAGGGGCAGGCUUCUCCCACCCCUGGACAGGCCUCGGGGUAGUUUGCCCGCCAAGCCCCCUCGGCUCAGCCCAGGCUCACCGGCCCUCACUGCCCAGUGACCUCAGCGGCCAGGCUCAGCCGAUCCCAUCACACCUGAGUUGCCCCUCCCUGCACGCCAAGCCUGGCGGUUGCCUAGACAACCAUUCCUCGUCCGGCCCGCUCCAGUGCGCGAGCCGCUCCUCCCCGGAGCCCGGCCCCGCCAUGUCCACCUUUUUACCCAUUGAGGGGCAGGUGGUGACCCCGCUCUUCCCAACCCGACCUCAAAACAUCAAGAACAUACGGACUAACCACGAGCGGAUUAUCGUUUGUACCAAUGAGCGUGGUGAGGAGAAGCUCCCAACCGCGGACGCCCGCUCUUUCCGCGAGAGGUCACUGUCCACCCCGACUGACUCAGGCUCCAGCUGCUCGGGGGAGGGGGUCCCGGGGCCGGGCGAGCAGCACAGGAGAAACAGCGAGUCCUACGUGAUGCGUUACCCCAGCGCCAGCUCCGAGGACAGUCAGGGGCCCGAGCCACAGGGGCCCUCGCACGCCCGACCGCGCUCGCGCAGCAUCUCCCUGAAGAAGCCCAAGCGGAAGCCCCCCCCGCCAGUCCGUGGGGUCUCCUUGAAGCCAGGGGGCACCGGGCUGAAGCUCCAGAUCUUCGAGCCCCAGGUCUCCCGGGGGGAGAAGCGGCCCACACGGUUGUUCCUGGCCAACGAGAAGCGCGGGAUCCAGAGCGAGUCCAUGGACAGCAACGAGUCGAGCGGCUUCACCUCGAUCCCCCGGUCCAGCGGCCCCAACCCCAGGGACGGGGAAUUCUCCGACAACUGGUUCCUCAACGACUGGAAAUCCAACGACCCGUACAGGUCUCUGUCCAACUCCAGCACGGCCACCGGUACCACCGUCAUCGAGUGCCUCAAGCCUCGCAGCAGCUGUGAGUCACUGAGCUCGCCAUCUCUGUCCAGGGCCACCACCCCCUCCCAGCUCUCCGUCGAGACUGAAUCCAAGCUCUCCUCCCCUGGCAGGGUGCCCGGCCUCAUGUCCCCAUCCAGCGGUUACUCCAGUCAGUCCGAGACCCCCACCGCGGCGUUCCCCAUAUCCGUCUUCCACGGGGGGCCGUCGCCUCACCAGGCCGGCAAGAUAAAGCCCAAGGUCCCGGAGAGGAAGUCAUCGCUCCAGCCGCCUUCGCCCAAUGAAAAGAGCCCUCGGUCCAAGCAGAUGUUUGAGCUGCCGGUCGUGGUGCCGCACGUCUCGGCCCUCAAGCCACCGACCAAAGCCAAGCCCAAGACGGGGAGACGGCACUCGGAGACGGCAUCCUGUAACGGUGGCAAGCCGGCCCCUAGCCCCAGCCAGCCCACUCUGCCUGUCAUCACCCAGACUGUGCUGGAGUCUGUCCGCCUGCGCUCUAUCAGCCGGUCAGAGAAUGAGGACAACAAUGGUGAGGCCUUCCCCGAGCCCCCCACCCAGGCACACGCUGCGCCUGGACACAGGAAGGUGGGACCCCCGGUGGCGGGGAAGCCCCCCAUGUCUAAGAGGCCGUCCAGUAUUGUGCUGAAGGUCUCCCCCUGUGACCUGACCUCACCGCUGGUCUCACCGCCUGGGACCUGCCCGGCCCCCUCCCCCACCUGGCUCUUCAGGAAGACGAGGAAGGAAGAGGGGAUGGACGGCCCUUUGUGUCCUCGUCCCCCCGCUGCUGUCUCCCCUGGGUACCGUGCGAGUGAGCGCGCUGGGCCGAGCCAGACUAAGCUCUCUGCGCACGCUCCCGAGCUGCCGGCCGAAGCCAUCCGAGGGAGAGGUGAGGCGACUGGGAGGUCGGCACAGCCUGGGGAGAGGUCGAGGAAGAAGAGCAAGACCCCCCCGCCGGUCCCCAGGAAGCCCACCGUGCUGAUCCUCCCCACCAACCGCCAGCACAUCCUGGUGGUGGCAGAGCGUUCCGAGCACAGCCCACUGCCGAGCCCCACUGCAUCUCCCCUCCAGCCCGGCACCGCAGCCACCAAUACUGCCAGCGAGACACAGGCACUGCCACGCCAGCCAGACAUCAGCGGAGCCCACAGCCCCAUACACCAGCCCCCCAGCCCCACAUACCAAGCCGGCAAUGCCACACACCAGGCCCCCAGCCCCACACACCAGGCCCCCAGCCCCACACACCAGGCCCCCAGCCCUACAUACCAGGCCCCCAGCCCGACACACCAUAUCUACAGCUCUGUUCACCAUGUUGGGAGCCCCACACACAAGCCCGGGAGCUUCACAUGCCAGGACGCCAGCCCCACACGCCAAAUUAGCAGCCCCACACGCCAAAAUGACAGCCCCAAACGCCAAAUUGGCAGCCCCACACACCAAAUUGGCAGCCCCACACAUCAAAUUGGCAGCCCCACACAUCAAAUUAGCAGCCCCACACGCCAAAUUGGCAGCCCCACACAUCAAAUUGGCAGCCCCACACGCCAAAUUGGCAGCCCCACACGUCAAAUUGGCAGCCCCACACGUCAAAUUGGCAGCCCCACACGUCAAAUUGGCAGCCCCACACGUCAAAUUGGCAGCCCCACACACCAGGAAGAAUACAGCAACCAAAACUUCAAUGACGGGUUUGGGGUCUGCCUAAAUACGGAGUUGAGCACCGACCCGGCCCAGGUCCUUUCAGACGCUGUGGGGACCCGCAGUGCUGGGCAGAGCGGUCCAGGGAGUCUCCAGAGCGAGGACAGCAUCACUGAAGAAGACGAGGAUGUCUUUGUGUCUCCAGGUGUCCCCCGCUCCACAGAGGAUCUCUUCACCGUCAUUCACAGGUCCAAGAGGAAGGUGCUGGGGUGGAAAGAGCCAGGAGAGACAUUCCGUAUCCGAGAAGUGGCUCCGUCACCCACCAAACCCCCCUCCAUCACCGCGGGCGCCAAGGCCAGCACCAGCAACGAGAACUUUAAGGCCUUACUGCAGAGGAAAGGGGGCAAGUCCGGGGCCACCGGCCGCGUCUCAGCCACCGAACUGCUGAAGACCACCAACCCCUUGGCUCGACGGGCGACCGACUGCACACAGGAGCCCGAGCGACCCCGGGGCCCGGCCGAGAGCACGGCGUGGAGUUAGGCCACGGCACGUCCCCCCCCGGGCAGCAGCCGGGCAGCGCUCAACGGCACUUUGUCUUUUUAUGGAGCUUGAGGUUUUUGUUCAUUUGUUGCCCUCGGCGAUGGGAGCGGCGACCGAACCACGGGACCAGCGGCCGGGGGUUAAGCCCCAGGGGAUAUAGCCACGUUCCCCAGAUGUCUCUUUGCUCCCGGGGUGUUUUCCCUGCUCCCGAUGUGGAAGAUCAGAUGCUGAAAGCGUGACGCUCCGGAUUAUUUAGUGGAUCUGGAAUGUCGUGGGAAUGCCGGGGUGAUGGAGUGGGGGGAGAGGGGCGUUGGGGAGGGAGGGAGAGAGGGAGGUGGGGGGGUGGGGAGGGGAACAGAUGGACAGGCAGCUGUUGUGAACAGAGCAGGACAAAUGGGGGCCUCAAUCACCCCAUCCUCCCGUGGGAUGUUGUGGCCGGAGGCUGGAGUUUAGUCCUUACACAGGGAUGGCGGGGGGCACGGGUGGGGGCGAGGGGGGCCUGAAAAGAUCAGCGACUGACGUCGCGAGCACCGGGCCCCGCCUCAGGAGCCAACACCAACAACAACGACGAUAACUUGCAUUUACACACCGCCUAUCUCACCGGCUAGACGUCUCGCGGCAAGAGGAGACGUUGUGAGCAGGACUGGGAUCGACUGACCUGACUGUCCGGUCACUAACAAAACCAGCAACGCACCUCAAUCCUCCCCCCAAGGAAUCAGGGCGGGCAGGGAAAUGGCGUGCCAACCAUCCCAGCUAGAAAGAGCCUGGCAGACUGGUGCUCUGCAGGUGGUUUGAAGAGGAUAAUGUGUCUCUGGCUCCACCAGUCUGCAAGAUUCCUGGUGACUGAGGUUUGGCUGGGUUUGAGAGAGAUACGUCCUGCCCCUCCCUUACCCCCCACACCCCCACCUGAGGGGACAAUAUAACCCCCUCUCCCUCCCGCUCCCCCAUCGCUACUGUUGGAGGGGCGGAGGGGGGUUUAUGGAGACAAAGGCAGAGAGUGCAGGCAUGUUAACUGUACUUCCGAGCUGCCUGGCACAAAGCUAGUGUGUUUGUCGCCCGUCUGCUUUGUGAAGCCCGUUUUUUUUUUCUGCAAGCGGGGUCUAAUGUGUGUCGGAAUUUUAGUGCCUCCUAUUCUGUGGUUGAGCUUUAUAAAUAAAUAUAUUACGUAAUAAUAUUGGCAUCGGUAUAUAUAAAAAAAACAUAAUUUUACAAAAGUAUUUCUGAAACUGAGAGAGA